UAUCUGGAGAUGAAACCAAAAAAAAUUAAAACUGUCAAGAAUACGCAAGGGACUCAGAUGGGUUUGUUUAGCAGAGGAGUAUGUCAUCUGGUAGAAGAUUGAUUUUGUGUCAUCCGGCUCACUUUAUAGUUUUUAUCUCUGGAUCCUGCAUUAAUAUCUUGGCCAAAGGUUUAAUAAUGCGAAAAGUUCUGGAGACAGAGGACAAUCCUGCCUGCUGGAUCUGUUUCAAGAUAAAUCUGCAGGGAUAUGACCAUUUGCUGUGAUCAUAGCUUUGGGUUUCUCAUAAAGUAUUCUAAGCCCCUUGAUAAAAUGACCACCAAAUCCAAAUUUGGACACGACUGAACAGAUACGACCAUUCCUGCAAAUCCAAGUAAUUGAUGGUGUGCAAAGUAACAGCUAUACUGGAGGUUGCUACAUGAAUUAUAUUAAAUAACUUACUGAAGUUAUUGGCUGAGGAUCUCUUCCAAAUAAAACCAGCCCAAUCAGAAUUCAUUAAUUUUGACAGUGACUCAAUCUGUUCACCAAGGCUUUGGAGAACAAUUUGUAAUUGGUGCCCAAGAGCGAGAUUGAUCGGUAGGUAAUAAGAGCAUUUAGGGGAUUUUUGUCUUUUUUAACAGAUCACUUUACUUAUAGCUCUUGAGAAAGACUUGAGGAGAAUGCCAAUCUUCUUUGACUGGAGUCUAUCAGAACCCCAACAUCUUGACCUGGUAAUUUUUGUCUAUUCAACCUCUCAAAAGCUCUACAGAUCAAUCAGAUGGCAAGACAUUCCUUGUCCAUGGCUCAUUUGAGGUAAUCCCACAGAUUUUUUUAUUUUUUGUCAGACUAAAUUCUGGUUUAUGCUAAAUUUGAAAUGUAUUUUUUAAAUCUACCCUCAGGUUACAUUACAAUAUAGAGUGCAGCAGUGAUAAGGAUGUGAUUCGUCCCUCUAGAAAACAGAAAACACAUCUCCCCUGCCCUGUAGUCCAGUGGCGGUGGGCUUUACUCCACUGGAUGCGAUGGUUUGUAUUGGACUUGGUAAUAAGGCUUGGAUGCAGCUGCUCAACGACACAAACACAUUAUAUGAAGCUCACCUUCCACUUGAGAAAAUGUGAAGGUCACCUGAAGUUUGGAGAUCUGUAUCUACUGUCUACUGACUCAUUAUAAAGUUGCCGUUCUCUAUUGCUAGACACACACCUAAAAUCUUCUUACCCUGCUCUGUGAUUGUUGAUGCCCCACCACUUCAUGGCCGAGUUCCUGCCAUUUCUCAUCACUUUCCCUUUGUUAUAAUAGCACCAAACAGUUGACAGUGGAACAUUCAGUAACACGGAAAUUUUAUUGCAGGAUUAACGCUAUAUUGUCCAAAAUAUUCACUUACCUGCCUCGACUCUCAUAUGAACUUCAGUGACAUCCCAUUCUGAACCUAUAGUGGUCAGUAUGACAUUGGUCCUCCCUUUGCAGCUAUAACAGCUAAAACUCUUCUGGGAAGGCUGUCUUCAAGGUUCUGGAGUGUUUCUGGGAUUUUUUUUUACCAUUCUUCCAGACACACAUCUGUGAGGUCAGACACUGAUGUUGGACGAGAAGGCCUGGCUCUCGGUCUCCACGCUAAUUCAUCCCAAAUGUGUUCUAUUAGGUUGAGAUCAGGACUCUCUGCAGGCCAUCAAGGUCAUCCACACCAAACUGUCUCAUCCAUGAUUUUAUAGACAUAACCUCUGGGUAUGCGGAAUCAUACAAAGUGAAUUCUACUGGAACUAAGGAGCCAAGCCCAGGUUUGAAAAUCAACCCCAUUCCCGAACCUUCCCUCCACCAAACAUUACACUUGGCACAAUACAGUCAUAACUUCCUGGAUCAGAUCAGAUUACCAGAUGGAGCGUGAUAGAUUCUUGUGACUAAUACGUUUGUGUAAUGGUAUGUUUUUAUCCCGUGUACCCUUUUGGCACACCGCAGCUUGAGCUUAAAUGAAAUGAAAAUAAGAAAAUGUUAGGAAACACUGAAUAAAAGAGCCAAAAUUUACCUCUGAUACAUCAGCUUCCCUAUAAAAAAUGAUUUAUGUAAAUCCAGGAACACUAGAAAUGAAACAAAAAGGUGCUUUAGCAACAAAUCAUUUUAAGGGUGCUCACAUUUAUGCAACUGCACAUGUUUUCCUUUGAUUUUCAGUUGUACUGUAAAGGAACAUAAAAAGGGUUUUGUGUUUUCAAAUGUUUGUAAAUAUUUGGUUUCCCCAGUAUGUCACAAUAAAGUUGGAAAAUCUGUUAGAGUGAUUUAUCACAGCCCAAUUUUUUUUUACAUCCCAUUUGAACAGGCAUUUAAACAAGGGGGUGUGCACUUUCACCUUAUCUUUUUUCAUUGUGCAGAGAUAAGCAACUAAUACAUCAUGUGACCAUAACCCACCAGCACGUUUUCCAGUAAAUUUCAUUUUCAUAAAAAAAACCAAAUGACAAAAAGCACAGGAUGUGAGUCAGAGGGACGAUACCACGAAGAGUUGUCUACAUUCAUGGUUUCGAGCGUAAGAUUUCCUGACUAACCUAGCAGGGUCAGACUCAGGUUUGAGCCAAAGGGAGGUAGGAGGGGUAAAGACCCAGGCAAGACCAGACAGGACUUGUGCUGGGAGCAGACUAUUUAAAUGAGAUCUGUAACAAGGGAUGAGCUAUCUCUUUCAUUCAUUGUCUCUGGAGAAGAACCAGAAGUUGAAACACUAAGAUGUGUAUCCACCUAGCCCUUUUGUUCAUUACUCUAAUGGCAGCACCUGAGUGCACAAGUCUUCCAACAAAGAGCGACUCUAUCAGAAAUAACAUACACAACAUACUAAACAUUGCUCGGAUAACUCUAGUCCACAUUCAGAAACUAAGGAAUAAGGAGCCCCCACAGAUCGAGGUCUCAACUCCGCCCAUUGAUGGACUGACUGGUAUCAGCCUCUACCUUGAACAUUUAGAUCACGAGCUGCAGAGCCCGUUCACAGAUCUACUGAGUCAGAUUCAAGUUGACGUUUCCAGCCUGGACAGAAGAGUGCGCUCUCUCGCCUUAAUGAUGGACUGUCCCAUCCAGGGGAAACCGAGUGUGGAGCCCAGGGAGACUUUGUUCCCCGACAGUCAGCACUACGUGACACUGGCAAAGGUGCAGCACUACCUGGAGAACCUUCCUACGAAUAAGGACAAACUUGGAAUCUGCUGACAAAUGAUCAUGUUUUACAAAAUGUUGCAAUGGUGACAAUGUCAUCAUGGCUGAGUGUCUUUGGAAUUUACAGAUUUUAUAUUUUUUUGUGAAUGAGUUUUAUUUACAAAGAUGUUUGUUAACUAUUGAAUACUUAGGCCAAAGAGGACAUUCAACAGUUGUUAAAUCAAAGAUUACACUAAGGGAGCGUUUGCUGCAUAAAACACAAAAUAGCUUUAAUAAAUAUUUAUUUUUCUUGCAUGGAUAUAUUUUGACUAUACAGUUUGUUUUGUUUGCAGUUUUUUUACAUAACAUGUGAAGUAAUGCCAAAAACUGUUGUAAGCAGGAGUGAAAAAAAUGACAGUUUGUAGGGGCACUUCAUUUAAAGAAAAUUGUGCAACCAAGUUAAUAUAUUAUUCAUUUGUAUAGUGCUUUUAAUUAUUAUUGUCAUUAUUUUUAAAGUGAUUUCUGAUUUAUUUAAUGAAAUAAAAAAAGGAAUUAUACAUUUUCCAGUGCCUUGAAAAAAGUAAGAACCUGACUAUAUUUGUCAUAUUUUCUCAUUUUGUUACCACUUAAAAAAUGUGUUUUGACCAUUAACCAAAGUAUUUUUAAAUUGU